ACCGGAACCCCAAAAAGUUAAACAUAGUCAUUUAUUAAAUGAAAUCACAAUGUUAGAAUUUUAAUUUAGAAUAAAUAUAUUUUUGACAUGUUUAUUUUAUUUGUGAGCUUUCUUAUGUGCCUCUAGUGUAGAUUUAGCUCCGUGUUAGAUUUAAGCUAGCUGAUGGUUUCACCCGCGCGAACAUUGAAAGUUUCAGUGAAAGCUGAAACGACCGUUCGUUGUUUUCUUCGACCAARCUUCGUGAAAAGUGAACCUGCCGGGUUUUAUUUGCCAUUUAAUGGGUUGUUKUAACAGCUGGCAGACUGAGUCAGCUCCCAGGCUUUAAGCAACAAAGCAGGAGUUUUUCUUUGUGUAAGGAGGUGGAGUCUUCCUCAGAAAGAGGAGGAAAAAGGAGGAGACGCCUGCAGUCCAAGGAGCUCAGAGGAGCUUCAGGUCCUCAUUUGACUGGAGACGCUCUCUCAGCACCAACACAACACGCUGCCCGGCUCAGGGUUCUGCUCUGCUUCCUGCUGCUCACUGUUCGUUUGGAGACAGCUUUACACUUUUUCAUUUACUUUGACUUUAGGACUCCACUGGCUUCUUGUGCCCAAUCAGCUGGAUUCAAACUCUUCAGAAAAGAGGAACAGUAAUCRUAAAGAAAAAAGGACCAGAAAAGGCUGUUUUAUUGACUCCAGGACCGACUGGUGGUCCAGAUCUGCAGCCUAACCCAGACCGGGUCACCGCUCAGCUGACAGAGGUGGUCUAGUCAGUCCUGAUGUGGAAUUUGACCCCGACUGACCCCGUCCCACCAGCAACCUUUCACUGAUACCGGUGUAAAGAAGGAUAAAGGAGAGAGAGAGGGGAGAGAGAAGAAAGGAGGACGAAAGGGAGAGCAGCAAAUCGGCGAACGCUCCUCCAGAAUGCCGGUGGAGACGCUGCACCCCUCAGACGGCCGGCUGGCGGGGGUCCCCUUCACCUCAGCCAUGCCCUUCAGGAUCCUCAACAAGGGCCCCGGAUACUUCCGCCCUUCAGUUGAACCGGGGACCCGCAAGCUGAGCGCCGUGGAGCGUCUGGAGGCCGACAAGGCCAAGUACGUGAAGAGCCAGCAGGUGGCCCUCACCCGCCAGGCGCCCAUCCAACCCCCCAUCCGCAAGCCCCUCCUCCCUCCGGCCAUGAUGCCUCAGAGCCACAUCAACGCUCCCCUGGCCCGGAAGGUUCCCCGCUGUCCCGCUGAUCCGGAGAACAGCGGAGGCAGGGACAGAGUGGGCGAGAGAAGGCCCGCUUUCAGUUUGGACAUCCUGAAUAAUCUGAUCGGGGACGUUUGUGACGGAACGCAGUCGUCUUUGUCCACGUCCCCGUCCUCGUCCUCGCCGUCCUCAGGAGUGAAGAGCAUCUGCAGCAGCCUGUCUGCAGAGCAGGACAAGAGCAAGAGACUCCUCACCAACCUGAAACCAUUAAACCCUGCUACCAACAACUGCUCCUCCAGCUCCUCCUCGCCUCUCAGCAGCACCCCCCGAGUCCCCGUCACAGAACUGACCCGUCGUCCUCCCCCCGUCCCGGCGCGAGCCCCUCGUGGGGUCGCAGCGCCUCCCAGCGCUCCCAGCUCUGUGACGGUGCGCAGGGUGGACGUCCGGCCUCACGCCGAGGUAAAGAAGCCGCAGCGGUGUCAGCUGCAGCUCCCGCUCAGACCCCGACAGACGGCCCAGGGUCAGGUCCCGCACCCCCAGGUCCCGCCGCCCCCUCCCCCGUCACAGAAACGUCCUCAACUCCCCCACAAGGUCAACACGUCGUCCCAAACCCAGCCCCCUGCUCCCGCCUACCUCCCGGCCAGCCCCCUGCUGGUCAGAGCGCGGAUGAUCCCCCCGGCCUCCCCCGCCUUCACCCGCAUAUCCAACGCCAGCUCCAAGGGCUCAUCCCGCAAGCACCCCGCCCUGCACCGCUCCAAGUCGGACCUGAGCGACCGCUACUCCCGCGCCACGGCCGACCUGGAGCGCUUCUUCAACUACUGCGGGCUGGACCCGGGCGAGGUGGAGGGCAUGGGAGGGGUGGAGCGCUUCACCCGGGCCAACUCCGACAUCGUGUCCGUCUCCAAGCUCCGCAGCGUCAGCACCUCCAGCUCCGAGUGCGGGGACGACGCCGAGCGGAGGGGGGUGCGGGGAGGGGACGAGGACGACGAGGACGGGCCCCUGAGGGCCGGCGAACGCGUCCCCUACGGGAUCUCCAUCAUCGAGAGGAACGCACGAGUCAUCAAGUGGCUCUACGGCAUCCGGCAGGCGAGGGACGCUAACAGCGCCGUGUCUAACGUUUGAAAAGACGCUCACAAUUGGCUGCCUUACUGUGUACUGUACCUGACUGUGUACUGUACCUGACUGUGUACUGUACCUGACUGUGUACUGUACCUGACUGUGUACUGUACCCGACUGUGUACUGUACCUGACUGUGUACUGUACCUGACUGUGUACUGUACCCGACUG